AUGGCAGAAAACUCAACUCGUGGGUUUGUAAGAACUGGCGUGAAUGGUUACUUUGAGGGCACAGAUGCUAUCCAAAGAGCCGAAAACUACAUCAAUGACUUCGAAGCAAAUUCAUAUGACAAAUUUACUGUUGUAAAAUCUGAUAAUUUCAAAUUGUUCGCUGGAUCCAUCAAGCAUUCAUUUUUUUGGAGGGAGCAUUCUUGUGACUCGAACCCAAUUUCCUACGAUGGAGUUCCUUUUAUAAUUGUUGGGAAGCAGCGACGUGAAUGUUUUCAUGUGCCAGAUAGAAAUCGGGGUAAAAAGAAAAAGAAUGAAGACAGAAAAAAGGUUGAUCACCCUUACGAAGAAAAGGGAAGGAAGCUUGUCCAGCCUAGCCACAAACGGAAUUGCCCUGCGUUCAUCAUGCUGCGAUAUAUCGUCAGGUUUCCUGUGUAUAAGAUACACUCUGAUUCCAACUACCAACGUAGAACACAAAUUGAUCGGCUGAAAAUUGAUCUACAGAACAAAGUCAUGCCUGUGUUGGAACAUCGGGUGUAUUGCUCUACCCCAGAAAGUGCUGAACACAAAUACCAUGUGAGAGGAGAGUUUGGAUCAACAUUUCAGCCACUGGACAAAGUCAUCAUCAACAGGAUCAAAGCUCUUGUUGCAGAAGGAAUUCGAAGCGUGUCAGAGAUGAAGAGACAUCUUCGAAUUUUCGCCAAGCAAAAUUUUCCUGGGGUAUCAGAGCUGAGCAAUCGUUAUUUCCCUUCAAACAAGGACAUCAGGAACCAUAUGUCAGCAACUUUGAGACUUGACAAAUAUUCUGAUGAAGACCAAGAGAAUCUAAGGUUGCAGAUCAACCAGUGGCAGACUGAAAAUCCCCAGGACAAUUUUCACUAUAUCCCUAGUGCACAUGCAGGCAGUUCUUCACAAUCAGAUGGGCUAGGAGAUCAUAUAGAAGAAUUUAUUUUUGUGCACCAAAACAGCGACCAAAAACGCUUGCUGGCCAAAUAUGGUCAUGAAAUCUGUCUUUUGGAUGCAACAUAUAAAACAACCAAAUAUGACCUCCCAUUGUUUUUUGUUAGUGUCAACACAAAUGUGGGGUAUAUGGUUGUUGGAAGUUUUAUAGUGCCGUCAGAGUCUUCCUACAACAUUGGGCGAGGUCUUCAGGUACUCAAGGCUUGGAACCCUUCCUGGAACCCAACAUACUUCAUGACAGAUUAUGAUCGUAAUGAAAUCAAUGCCAUAGAAAAUACUUUUCCAGAUAGAAACUUUACAGUUGUUCAGGUAAAACUGGGAUUGGAUCUUAAUAUAUGUUGUUUUACAUACUUGUGCGACUUCCAUCGGGAACAAGCUUGGCAGCGCUGGGUUGGACCGUCCAAUGGUAUUACAGAAUCCGCUGACCUUCUAAAAGUAAUGAGGAGGAUUGCCAACUCUCAGUCAGAGGAAGAAUUCAUUGUAGCUGUUGAAACGCUUAAGGACUCUGUAGAUUGGAAAGAAAAUCACAAGUUUCGCACAUGGUUUCAGAGAUACUGGCUAUCUGUGUCAGAGAGAUGGGUACAAUACCACCGUCAGACAUAUUUGAUUGUGCGGGUGAACACUACAAAUGGCCUGGAAAGGCAGCACAAGGAGUUUAAAGAGAACUACUUGGCCAACUAUACGAUGGGGUCAUUGAGCAGUAUGGUCACUACUUUGGUAAAAAAGUUUCUUCCAGAGCGCUACAUUAGGUAUGUUCAAUACAACAUCAAAAGCAUACACAAGAAAUAUACCAGUGAGGUUCCAAGAUUUCUGCACUGCAAACCCAAAGUGUUUGUUGACCACUGUCUUGGACGACUGCCUACACCAGGCCAUCCAACUUCCAUAAGUGCCGAGGUAGUAGGACCAAGAAAGUUCAAGGUCACCAGCUAUGAUUCUGACAGUGUUUAUACUGUUGACUUGGGACAAGCUCUGCCUUGCUGCAGCUGUAAAGACUGGCUAAAUACACACUGGCCUUUGAAGCACAUGUUGCAUGUCAUGAUCAACAUUCCUGGCAACAGUUGGCACACACUGUCAGAGGAUUUUAUUAAUUCCCCACAUUUGUGUUGUGACAGUGAUAUGUUCAUGAAUAUCUGAAUUUGAGCCCUUGAUUUGUUUAAAUAUUGACCCUUACACUGUUUGCAGGAGGGCCAAGUGUUGUUAUACCUUUAGAAGAAAGACACAAUGAAUUUGCAGCUGGUGAAGAUGAGAAUAGUCAUGCUGUGCAACUCCUCUGGGAUCUUCCUCGUAACUUUGACAUCCCUGUGGCAAAGGUGAAUGGAACGACUGUUACUGAUACCGACAUUCGUUCACUCCAAAGUCCAGAAUGGCUGACUGACAAUAUAAUUGAUGCAUACUUGCAUAUGCUGUGUGUGGAGCUGACUGAGGGCAAAGUAGGCGGAAUGCUGAACAUCGACAGAAUUUCCAUGAACGCGAUCAUGAACAAGACAUUCCGCCCAAGGAACCCACCAAAUAUAUAUGAGUACAUGUUCGUGGUAGGUGCCUACUGUAGAGCAGCUCAUUGGACGCUUGUGAUUUUGGAUGUGGAGGAGAAGAAAGUGUUCUUCUACAUCCCAUACAGGCGGUGGAGGUGCUUGAAUGUGGAACCAUCAAGAAAGCAAU